AUGGAUAAGCUCCUUUGGGUUGACACUGAGACGAACGAGCCCUGCUGUGAUGUGGAGGCCGGGGUAGACCAACUGGCAGUAACUGGAUCUGCAUGGAAGUAUUUGGCUAGGAACUCUGAUGAGCUCGAUAAGCUUUGGAAAGAUAUUUUGGUGUUCGCCCGCAUGAAGCCUGAGGACAAGGUGAACGUGACGAAGUAUCUCCAGUCUCGUAAGCUGGUUGUUGGUAUGUGCGGUGAUGGUGGUAACGACUGUGGUGCUCUCCGUGCUGCUCAUGCUGGCAUGGCUUUAUCUGAGGCGGAGGCAUCCAUGGUAUCACCAUUCAGUUCAGGUCGUGAUGGUCGCUCCCUCUUCACAGUUGUUGAUAUGAUUCGUGAAGGUCGUGCGUGUCUUGCCACCAACAUCGCGACUUACUCUUUCUUCAUCGUAUAUGCGUUCAUUCUCACUACUUCUCGAAUUGUCGGUACUAUCAUAGGGAAUCAAGUUCCAGGGGAAUGGUUCUGGAUAUCCCAAGAUGUCCUCAUCAGCGUCAUCAUGGUGUGGACGAUGACUCUGUCGGGUCCGGCAGCAAAACUCGGCGACUAUCGCCCUAGUGGAUCUCUCCUUGGUUGGAGAACCAUUCUAAUGUGUACUGUCCCUAUCAUCACUUUUUUCCUCACCCAAAUUGUGGCACUUGCUUUCCUGUGGUCACCUUCUAACAGUGAGUGGUAUAGCCGUGUUAACACUCUCGACCUCNNNNCUGAGUGGUUAGUUCUGAGAUGA